UGUGAAAACGUAAACGCAUUCAUCGUUAUUUUAUUAUUUUUAUUAUUACUUGCUACACCAUUUCAAUUUGGCGCACUUUUUCUGUCACGUGUGUUUAUUUCACUGUCUUCCUUCUGUUUGUCAAACUCCCCACACAGUCUUUUAGAAAUUAGGAACAAAAUGAGUUCUUGCAUUGGCAAUCAUUGUUUCACAAGGUCGAAGCUACCUUUAAAUGUGUAUGUUAGUUAGUGACCUCAUGCACUUCGAAGCUAAUGAACUUUUAACUUGUUUUUCUUACUUGUUAUUUGAUAUAAAUAAAGGAAAAUUGCUGUUAUAUAUGGUGUUGAUUGAUUCAGUUCUUAAUUUCCUGCACGAACAGAAUGCACUUGACGAAAGUACUUUGCGGGCAAAGGUAAUACAGUUGCUAAAGCAAUUGUAAAAGAUGUUUGUGCUUUGGGGAGACCAGUUGAGGGGUGAUACGCAAACAGUAGACACACAGAGUUUGCCAGAUUCUGUAAUUGCAAAAAACACAGAUAUUAUAACAAAAUUUCCAGUUCUCUUUUACAAUAAAUUUUACCAAAAUUGGCUUGCAGAUCCUGAAAUGUCAAGACAUUAUUGGACUGCAUCCUUCUUUCUGCCAGUCGGAUCUAUCUGUAUUCUUGGAAUAGUUGUUUUGUUGAUGGUAUUGUUCAAACGAUGUCCGCAUACAGUAGCCGCUAUUGUUGCUGCAAUCCUCACUAUUAUUAUCAUAGUAACGACUCUGGUAUCACUUAAUCAUGAGCCAAUUUAUACUUGAUAUUUAAACCAAAUAAUUAUGUGCUUAAUAUUAGUAAAUAACUUUCUUCCAUAUGUACAAUAAACUGAGUCUGAUAAUAUAUCUAAAAAUUUGUAAGAAUAUUAUAUACAAUGAAUAAAUAAAUAUAUUACUUA